AUGACUAACAUGCUGACGAAGGGAGCGAUAGAGGUAGGUGGUGGCGUUUUAUGACAUCCCAGAAAGCAUGCAAACAAAGUUUACCCAGCAUCGAGGAAGAUGGUUUUCAGACAGGGACUGUCUGCUAAUGUGCUGCUGCUGGAUGCUUUGUUGAGCUAGCCACAAUGCUAGUUAACGUUAGCUAGCUAUCUAGAUAUAUUUUUCAUCUGUCUCAAGCUGUUUUCUACUCUUUCAACAGGCCCUAACCAAAGGCUCUAAUGAUUUACAAAACCCCAUACUUCAAUUAGUGGUGAGUAUGAAUGGAUUUUGUGGAAGUAGGUAGGUAGCUAGCUCGCUAACUUUAGAUAACUAAGUUAGUUAGCCAAGUUAAUAGGGCCAACUGUUGAAGAAUGAUUACUGGCAUUAUCAACAGUUAGCUAGCUAACUUGGACAGUAUGGACCCAUGUUUUAGAGACCAACAUUUAAGACAAGGAUUUUCACCAAGACGGUAAUACAGAUUUCGACCACUACUAGAUUAGUCGACUUGACCAAGAUAAUUUCUACUGCACUCCUGUAUUCAUAUUCUUUCAGAACAUCCGUAAAAUUGAUGGAGGCAGUGGACCAGCCCGCUUUCGUCUGAUGAUGAGUGAUGGACAACACUCAAUGUCCUGUGAGUAGAACUAUUCCAAAUCCACUCCACCACCUGUUAAAAGUACACACAGAAAUGGUUGUAUGGCAGGUGACCAUUACAGGUGGCACAUACAUAGCAUUGCUUUGUGAUAGUGGCAUGCAACGACAACAAACGUUUUCUGUUUGGAUAACAUAUGCCAGUAUUUUAAAUGAAUGCAUGGUUCCAACUGUAUUGAAUAUAUACAGUAAAUGUCAAGGUAUCAGUGUAAAUUAAAGUCAAGGAUAUUCUUAAUGGAGAUGUUAGAGACCUGCCAAAUAAAGCUGUUGAGAAACUUUUUUUUUAACAUUUACGUCAUUUAGCAGACGCUCUUAUCCAGAGCGACAUACAGUUAGUGCACCCAGUUUUUGUAAAUCCAUAGUAAUAAUAAUAAUAUGCCAUUUAGCAGAUGCUUUUAUCCAAAGCGACUUACAGUCAUGUGUGCAUACAUUUUUACAUAUGAGUGGUCCCGUGGAUCGAACCCACUACCCUGGCGUUACAAGUGCCAUGCUCUACCAAUUGAGCUACAUAGUGCAAUCCAGUCAUAAUCUGAAUUACACCAGAAGGUAGGCUUCAAAGACAACAGGGCAAAUGAAAAGUGGUUUUAGUUCUUCUCCAUAGUCUCACCCAGAAAAUAUCAAGGUAAAUAGCUGACCUAAGCAACAGGGGCACUUUGGAGUGUUUUGUGCUGUGGAUGUUUUAUGCUGUGGAUUGCCUGGGGCUGACCAGCAGGAGGUAGUCAGGAUUCAGUAAAAGGAAUAGAGAGCUGGAAAUCAUCAAAGAAUAAAAAAAACAUGUAUCAAUUUCUUCCUUUUAAUUUGGCGAAGUUUAAGAAGUGUUGUGAUACCAUACGAAGUCAUGAAAAAAUAAUGUGCAUUUUAAGACAUUAAGGAACAUAUUUUUGGGAUCUAAAUCUAUCCUCAUCCCAUACUAGACUGGGCUGCAGUUGGAUCUGUUCCAUGUUUACUACCAAGGAUGGCAUGUUUGUAUCUGUCUGUGUGGGGGUUGUUUUUAGUUGGGAGAUGCAUAUCAUCAGCUCUCAUAGACAAGACAGACUAACACAAGCAAUGGGCGUGUGCAGCGGGUGGCUGUCCUCCACUGUACUGCUGAUGUUUGUGUUGGUCUGUCUCUAACAUCUCUCCUAUCAUCUCUCUAUCCCUCCUGUAGCGUUCAUGCUCUCCACCCAGCUCAACCAAAUGGCUGAGGACAACCGACUAGCCCCAAACUGUAUCUGUCAGCUGAAGAGGAACGUGACCAAUGUCCUGAAGGAUGGACGGUAUGGUGCUUCUAUCUUUUGAUGUUUUUAUGUUUUCUUGCCUACAGAAUGACAAACCCUUUUCUUUCCAUUUAUAUUGGAAACAUGGUUUAUUAUUCAAAUUAUAUUAAUGUAGGCUAGCUGUUCAUGUAGGCCCUCCUUGUUGCUGCAUAAUUUUUCUCCUUUUGAUGAAUUGGCUGAGAUGAGUCACAAACUUUUAGAGCUGUUAUAAUGGACACACACACACAAUGGAUAUACACAUACAUACAAUUUCUGUUAGAAUAUCAACCAUGUGUUUAGUCUUUGGAAAAUAAUUUACAAUGCAAUUGUUAAGCUGUUUAUUUCUGUUCAGCCGUGUGGUGGUCAUAUUGGACAUGGAGGUGGUGAAGUCUGCUGAUGAGGUGGCUGGAAAGAUCGGAGAGCCCACGCCUUACGUGGAAGGUGAGUCUUCAGCCCAUAUUGCAUUUCUAACCAUCACCGUAUCAUACGGCUUAGGGGGAUAGAGGUUGAACAAAUGUUUGAAUCCAGACAUGGAUAUAGCUUACCAUGUUGAAUGUGCAGCUUACUUGAGUUUUGACCUUUCACUUCAUCAUCUCCCUUGCAGGUCAGAGUAAAGCCCCACAGUCAGCCCCCAAUCCCUCAGUCCACCCCCUGCAGCCCCAGAAUGGAAUUGAUGGUAAACAACUCCAGAUCACCAACUGUGCUUUUAAAUCUAAUGCCUUUUCACAUCCUGUACCAGGAGUUGAGGUUGAGUCAUGAAUGGACCGUAUUCUCAAGAUACAUUCCUAAUGUUUUGCAGCUAUACACUACAGGUCAAAAGUUUUAGAACACCUACUCUUUCAAGGGUUUUUUCUUUAUUUGUACUAUUUUCUACAUUGUAGAAUAAUAGUGAAGACAUCAAAACUAUGAAAUAACACAUAUGGAAUCAUGUAGAUUCUUCAAAUAGCCUCCCUUUGCCUUGAUGACAGCUUUGCACACUCUUGGCAUUCUUUCAACCAGCUUCACCUGGAAUGAUUUUCCAACAGUCUUGAAGGAGUUCCCACAUAUGCUGAGCACUUGUUGUCUGCUUUUCCUUCACUCUGCCGUCCGACUCAUCCCAAACCAUCUCAAUUUGGUUGAGGUCGGGGGAUUAUGGAGGCCAGGUUAACUGAUGCAGCACUCCAUCACUCUCCUUCUUGGUAAAAUAGCCCUUACACAGCCUGGAGGUGUGUUGGGUCAUUGUCCUGUUGAAAAACAAAUGAUAGUCCCACUAAGCCCAAACCAGAUGGGAUGUUGUAUUGCUGUGGUAGCCAUGCUGGUUAAGUGUGCCUUGAAUUCUAAAUAAAUCACAGACAGUGUCACCAUCAAAGCACCCCCACACCAUAACACCUCCUCCAUGCUUUACGGUGGGAAAUACACAUGCGGUGAUCAUCCGUUCACCCACACCGCGUCUCACAAAGACACGGCGGUUGGAACCAAAAAUCUCCAAUUUGGACUCCAGACCAAAGGACACAUUUCCACCGGUCUAAUGUCCAUUGCUCGUGUUUCUUGGCCCAAGCAAGUCUUCUUAUUGGCGUCCUUUAGUAGUGGUUUCUUUGCAGAAAUUUGACCAUGAAGGCCUGAUUCACGUAGUCCCCUUUGAACAGUUGAUGUUGAGAUGUCUGUGACUUGAACUCUGUGAAGCAUUUAUUUGGGCUGCAAUUUCUGAGGCUGGUAACUCUAAUGAAUUUAUCCUCUGCAGCAGAGGUAACUCCGGGUCUUCCAUUCCAGUGGCGGUCCUCAUGAGAGCCAGUUUCAUCACAGCGCUUUUCCGUAUUGACUGACCUUCAUGUCUUAAAGUAAUGAUGGACUGUCGUUUCUCUUUGCUUAUUUGAGUUGUUCUUAACAUAAUAUGGACUUGGUGUUUUACCAAAUAGGGCUAUCUUCUGUAUACCUUGUCACAACACAACUGAUUGGCUCAAACUCAUUAAGAAGGAAAGAAAUUCCAUAAAUUAACGUUUAAGAACGCACACCUGUUAAUUUAAAUGCAUUCCAGGUGACUACCUCAUGAAGCUGGUUGAGAGAAUGCCAAGAGUGUGCAAAGCUUUCAUCAAGGCAAAGGGUGGCUACUUUGAAGAAUCUCAAAUAUAAAAUAUAUUUUGAUUUGAUGAACACUUUGUUGCUUACUACAUGAUUCCAUAUGUGUUAUUUCAUAGUUUUUGAUGUCUUCACUAUUAUUCUACAGUGUAGAAAAUAGUUUUAAAAAAUAAAGAAAAACCCUUGAAUGAGUAGGUGUUCUAAAACUUUUGACCUGUAGUGUAUACAUUUAUUUAUAGUGGUUUAGAAGGUUACUAAAACACUUCAAUAUAGGUUAUUUCCUUGCAGUUUCCAGUAGAUGUCAGCAUUUAUGCAAAACGGACAAAUGUUGGUUGAAAUCCUCAGAUCUACAGAACAUAUGACACUGCUACUGUUUUUGUCAGAACAGUUAGCUAAUAAACAUUUGCCUCUUGGGUAUAUGCAGUCAUCUGUAACGUUAUACUUAUCUUACUAAGAUGGUAGUUGACACGUGAUGCUGUUAAGCACAAAAUACUAGGUCUAUAUUCGGUCUCCUCUUUGUUGCAAAUAAGACAGUAAAAUCAGUCUUAGAGAAAAGCUAUAAAACAGACAUGCUGCUGGUGAACUAUCUGUACUUCACACUGGUUAUUAUUUCCAGUAGUCCAGAUGUGCUCGUCAGUCAGAUUGUAAAUCUGGUUUUGAAUUGGAUAUGAUCUGAAUAUACAGUAGUAUUGAUUAAUGGGUUUCAGCUCCUUCGACAGUUCCCUUUUCAUCAAGUAAUUAGGUAAGCACUUGGUUAUAAUUAGUACUGAAAUAAAAUGAUAAUCAUGCCAUGAUGAGAGAUGGUACGUGAUGGGUAGCCUAAUUAUCAAUAAUAAUAUGCUACUGACAUUGAUUCCAAAAUAUACAUAUUUAGUUAUUCUACUUGAAUUUUGCAUUUAUUUGUUACAAAUGCUCCCUAAAUAGGUCUAAGAGGAAAAGGGUGCAGGUAAUUAAAUUCAUGUUAAUCAUCUCAUAACCCAUCUCUCUGAAUAACUAUUUCUAAUCAUUUCACAGUACAAGUGUUUACCCAGUUAUUUCAUGAAAAUAUGCAGGGCUAAAGGAAAGGUUUCUUAGUGCUAACCUACAGUAUUGAAAGGCAUUUUGUGAACUGUGACAGAUGAACUCUUAGCCCAAUCUACGGCUUCAUGAGCUUAUAUCUUAUGGUCAGGGUCGUAGGUAUUCAUCCCACUAAUCUGGUGUCAGGGAAUUGAAGUAGUUAUGGUGAGCUUCAUCCUCCUCAUCAGCACAGUUAUUAUUGUUCAGUUGUGUGGCUGUGCUGCUGGAUCUGGGGGCUUAAUUUCUAGAAAUGCAGAGGUUGGCAAAGUGGACACUUUGAGCUGUAAUCCACAGUGUGAGAGGCACACAAAUCAAAUGUGCAGCUAGUGCUUGUCCGAACAGAGAAACCUCAAAGUCAGGCCUCAUGCACCAAUCUCCUGUGGGAAGAGCAGCUUUGGUUUGUUAUUUCACACUUCUGUCUGCUUUGAGUCUGUGAUAUGUGAAUCAUCAUCUCGCUCACAGAAACAACAUCUGACUCACACACUCCUCUCUCCUACUAUCCCAAAUCUACCGCAAUAAAUCCACUACUCUUCCUGAUUAAGUUUUUCUGUGAUGCGAGACUACUCUCAUGAAGUGAGAUAAUUACAGUGAUCAAGGAGUUGCGAUCCAAAGAAAUUAGGUUUUUGUAAUUCAGCCCUGAUGAAUUAUGGAUGUCUAUUCUUUUGAGUUUGCCUCUCUAUCACUGCUCUCUAUAUGCACCAAUAACUCCUCUGUUCUCUUUUUCAUUUCCCUAUCUAUCAUAAGGCUCCAUGAACAAAGGUCCCAGCAGAGAGUUUGGGGGGAAGAAGGCCAUGCCUCCGUCUGCCAUGCCCAGCACUCCUGGGGGAUCCUCCAAAGUCGUGCCCAUCGCCAGCCUCAACCCCUACCAGUCAAAGUGAGUGGUCUUCUUAUACCCGUCUAUGGUUGUGUCCCACAUGGCACCAUAUUCCCUAUAUAGUGUACUUCUUAGUGCAAUAUAUAGGGUAUAUACUGCAUCCCAAAAGACACCCUAUCACUUUGAUGACCAUCUCAAACAACAACAUGAUCUCUUGCCCAAAUAUUUACUCUUGAGUCAUGAUAAUCCUGUUGUACCAUACUCUUUAGUCAUAGAACUGAAUAAUGACAGGCUGAUUUGUAUGUGGGGAUAUGUUUGUGUGAUUUAUUCCAUCGAUAGUUGGUCAAGGUCUUUUCAAGGACUAGAGAUCCAUCCAACAACUACAUAAACAUUGGUUAUUUUCUGUCAGGUGGACCAUCCGAGCCCGUGUCACCAACAAGAGUGGCAUCCGCACCUGGAGCAACUCUCGUGGGGACGGCAAGCUGUUCUCCAUGGAGAUUGUGGAUGAGAGUGUGAGUAACCCUUUUUGUUUGCAUUUUCUCAUGUUGCCGUGUUGGAUCGUGUGGAGCUAGUCUGUAGCUGACUGUGUUGUUGAUGCAGGGAGAGAUCAGAGUGACUGCCUUUACCCAGGAGGUGGACAAGUUCUACAGCAUCAUUGAGACUGGCAAGGUGAGAUGAACUGCCUCCUAUUAAUGAUGCUUAUCCACCAUAUGUCUGUCACUUUGGUAGAUUUGGGUCAACUGAGUAAUCAAUCUCAAUGUGCUAUUGCCAAUAUUUGAUGUGUACAAAGUGCUGAAUUGGAUAUAAUAUGAUUUGAUAGAAUGAUACAAAUCUGAGACGAAUGAUUCUCUCCAAAAUGAGUCUCAGGACAGUAGCAACAUGAUCAUUUGCUUCAGAUCCUCUGCCAGGCUUUAUUUAGCUCCUACAUCAGUAUUCAGGUGAAAUGAAUCCUGUGCACAAAUCUAUUUUAGAUUUGAACCUUAUUUGAUCCCUGUCCAGGUGUUCUACAUCUCCAAGGGAUCCCUGAAGAUUGCCAACAAGCAGUACUCGUCCCUGAAGAAUGACUAUGAGAUGACCCUGAAUGGAGAGUCCACCAUCAUCCCCUGUGAGGACACCCAGGACGUACCCAUGGUGCAGUGCAACUUCGUCUCCAUCGCCGACCUGGAGGCCCGAGAAAAGGACACCAUUUUGGGUAAGGCACAGGUGUAGCAAGAAAGGAGCGAAGGGGAUGGGUGGUCCAGGCAGGGCUGGCGUGGCGUGAUACACCGUCAUUAAUAACAGACGUACUUUAUUAUUAUCCUAUCAUAGGGAUAGCUUCAAUCGAGUGGUAGGGCAGCGUAGGGGAGAUGGAUGCUACGGCAGCAGCGGGUUGCACUGGGGAGGUUGAGGGAAUUAUAAGAGGAGAGACAAAAGUCAUGAAUAAUGCUGAUGACAGUAAUGGCCUGUGGCACAGAUUGACUUUGGGCCCUAUGGCUGAGCCCGGUGAGGAGGGUGAAAACACUCACUGGUAAAUUGGGUCGGUAAUAAAAAGCCAUAGUCAGCGUCCCAAAUGGCACUCUAUUCCCUAUAUAGUGCACUCCUUUUGACCAGGGCCUAUAUGCUCCGGUUAAAAGUAGUGCACUAUGUAGGGAAUAGGAUGCCAUUUGGUACUUAUUCCCAGUUGUAUGAUGGUAAUAGACUCAGUGCAGCUUGUAGUGUAGCUGUGGAGUCAUUUGUCUUCAGGACCAGCAGGCGUCAGCCCAGCCAGCCCCGUGAUGUUGAAGACAUCUUCUUAAUCAUGCUUAAAUGAGUUGUAACCUAACAAAGACUGGAAGAAAGGGUUUCAAGAUGGCAGAGAGUCUAUGUUGCUCCCAAAUGACACCCUAUUCCCUAAAUAGUGCACUACUUUUGAUCAGAGGGCCCUGGUCAAAAGUGGUGCACUGUUAUAGGGUACCAUUUGGGAUGCAGCUAUACAACUGUAAUGUCGCUGAUACGUCUCAUUAGCUUUGGCCCCCUUGCAGGGAUAAAUGGCCAUGCAUCAGCUCCCCUUGAUAGAAGCAGGUUAACAUGAAUCUGUACUCAGGAUAAAUUACAUUAGCAGCAACAUCCAUGUUGUUUUAUUUUAUUUUUCCAUUCCUAUACAUACUUCAUGAUAAACAUUAGUAGUGCAUGUGCCAUGUGACCAGGAGAUGAUGGGUAGGCAGUGACCUCAUACUUGAUCUGAACAGGAUAAUAUUGAGUGCCUGAUUUCCCCUGAGUGAAUGUGUUGUGGAGAACUAUGGGACCUUGAAUGACUCACGCACAUUAUCAAUAUUUAUAAUACUGUAUGUAUAUGUGGAAAUGUGUGACUUAUUUAUAAUGGGAAUGGGUGUUUGUCUCUGUGUGACUUAUUCCAUAGAUAGUUGGUCAAGGUCUUUUCAGGGACUAGUAGUCCAUCCCAGUGCAAACAAUCCUCCCAAGUUCCAAAACGGAACCUUUUCAGGAAAUGAAAAAAAAAAAACGGAACUGUUUAGACUACAUAAAGGUAGGUUGACUGCUUUCAUUCAUAUAAAAAAAUGGAGUCUCAAGGUUUUCUUCAGACAGUGAUAAUAUAAACAAAGUAUAGCCUACAUCCGUCAGGCUGGGAGAGACUGAUGAGAGGCUGUGUUAGAGAGCAUCACACUGACUGAUCUAUAAAUAAAUAAUUAUUACAAUUUUAGCUCUCAUCCAGAGUGACUUACAGGAGCAAUUAGGGUUAAGUGCCUUGCUCAAGGGCACAUCGACAGAUUUUUCACCCAGUCGGCUCGGGCUAUCAAACCAGCGACCUUUCGGUUACUGGCCCAAUGCUCUUAACCGCUAGGCUACCUGCUGCCCCGUGAGGAUAAUUAUUUAGGACGUAAAGUUAUUUUUAGAUCAGUUAGUCUGCAGGGUCCGCAUGCAAAUUAGUGGAAUUCGAUCUCAAACACAACCAUAGUCUACUGUGCUCAUGAUGUCACCUGUGUUGAAAAUAACUUCAACUAUCGAUGGACAUUUCCACAUAUACAUAUUAUAAAUAUUGAUCACGUGUCUGAUUCUCCUAGGUCACUCAAGGUUCUCCACAGUAAUGCUGCUCAUCGUCUACUGUGCUAAUGAAGUGACCAUGUGUGUUUUCCAGAUGUGAUUGGAGUGUGUAAGAGCGUGACCGACGUGACCCGCCUCACCACCAAGAACAACCGUGAGGUCUCCAAGAGGACGCUCAACCUGAUGGACCAGUCUGGUAAACUGGUGGAGGUCACCCUGUGGGGAGAGGAGGUGAGGACUGGGGGACAGACACCAGCACAGCCAUAUAGACUGUCUAUAUGCAUCUGGACACAAGGGGACAGUCCUGCUGGAUAAAGAGAGGAUGAAACUCAGUUUCUCUCAUGCUGGGUGACAUGCUGUAGCACCUUCAUUAUGUGCUGUACACACCUGCAUUACGUUUGGGUGUCCUGUGUCCUGUCAGCCAGUGCCCCAGGCAGGGUACAGUACACCUCUCUCUCCUAAUUGAAAAGGUGUUGAGAGCGGUGUGCCUCCCUGUGGUUGGAAAUGAAGCAGUUUGAAGAGGGAGAGGAAAUUUGAGCAGUGGGCUCUCUCUCUCUGUUUUUAAUAGAAGCUGAUGUUGUUGAAGUCCCCGAGAAUACCCUGUCACAGUGUGAUGAAGGAACCCAGCUCCUGCAGUUGAUUUUAUACGUGGCUCAGUAGGGCUAUGCUUAGUUUGCCACCAUUUCUUUCAUUCUGGCAAGCUACAGCACAAUGUUCCCUCAUUGUUUGUUCUGCAGAUAUCCCCUAUCCAGGGGGACUUGCAGAGGUACACAACGUAUCGUUUAUAAAGAGCAAUAAGCUUUAGUAAAUACAGAAUUGCAUGAAUAUUUUUUCCACUUUUUUUCUUCUCCCCCAGUGCUGAUACAGUACAUGGCCAAAUGUAUGUGGACACCUGCUCGUCAAACAUCUCAUUCCAAAAUCAUGGGGAUUAAUAUGGAGUUGGUCCCUCCUUUGCUGCCCUACUCUUCUGGGAAGGCUUUCCACUAAAUGUUGGAACAUUACUGCGGGGACUUGCUUCCAUUCAGCCAUGAGCAUGAGUGACGUCGGGCACUGAUGUUGGGCGAUUAGGCCUGGCUCGCAGUAGGAAUUCUAAUUCAUCCCAAAGGUGUUCGAUGGGGUUGAGUUCAGGGCUCUGUGCAGGCCAGUCAAGUUCUUCCACACCAAACACCUUUGGGAUGAAUUGGAAUGCCUACUGCGAGCCAGGCCUAAUUGCCCAACAUCAGUGCCCGACCUCACUCGAGCUUGCUUUGUGCACGGGGGCAUUGUCAUGCUAAAACAGGAAAGGGCCUUCCCCAAACUGUUGCAACAUAGUUGGAAGCACAGAAUCAUCUAGAAUGUCAUUGUAUGCUGUAACGUUAAGAUUCCCCUUCACUGGAACUAAGGGGCCUAGCCCGAACCAUGAAAAACAUCCCCAGACUAUUAUUCUUCCCCCACCAAACUUUACAGUUGGCACUAUGCAUUGGGACAGGUAGCGUUCUCCUGGUAUCCUCAAAACCCAGAUUCGUCCGUUGGACUGCUAGAUGGAGAUGCGUGAUUUAUAACUCCAGAGAUCACGUUUUCACUGCUCUAGAGUCCAAUGGUGGCGAGCUUUACACCACUCCAGCCAACCCUUGGCAUUGUGCAUGGUGAUCUUAGGCUUGUAUGCGGCAGCUCGGCAAUGGAAACCCAUUUCAUGAAGCUCCCGACAAACAAUUAUUGUGCUGACGUAGCUUCCAGAGGCAGUUUGGAACUCAGUAGUGAGUGUUGCACCCGAGGACAGACGAUUUUUACACGCUUCAGCAUUCAGCGGUCCUGUUCUGUGAGCUUGUGUGGCCUACCACUUCUCGGCUGAGCGUUGUUGCUCCUAGACGUUUCCACUUCACAGUAACAGCACUUACAGUUGACCAGGGCAGAAAGUUUGACGAACUGACUUGUUGAAAAGGUGGCAUCCUAUGACGGUGCCACAUUGAAAGUCACUGAGCUCUUCGGUAAAGCCAUUCUACUGCCAAUGUUUGUUUAUGGAGAUUGCAUGGCUGUGUGCUCAAUUUUAUACACCUGUCAGCAAUGGAUGUUGCUGAAAUAGCCAAAUCCACUAAUUUGUGUAGUUUUGCACAUAAAGUGUAUAUCGUUGGUAUCCUCAGUCAACCUACCUGUUCUAUUUGCAGGCAGAGAACUUUGAUGGCUCUGGGCAGCCCAUCUUGGCCAUCAAAGGGGCCAAGCUGUCGGACUAUGGGGGCAGAUCUCUGUCUGCUUCGUUCAGCAGCACCGUCAUGAUCAACCCCGACAUCCCUGAGGCAUACAAGCUGCGGGGCUGGUAAGUGUCUCAUCUUGUGCCAAAUAGCUUUAGGUGCUAAAGGCCUCUGUGACUGUGUGUUAUACAAGAAGGUAGGUGUCCUGAGUGGCGCAGUGGUCUAAGGCACUGCAUCGCAGUGCUAACUGUGCCACUAGAUCCUGGUUCGAAUCCAGGCUCUGUCGCAGCCGGCCGCGACCGGGAGACUCAUGGGCGGCGCACAAUUGGCCCAGCGUCGUCCAGGGUAGGGGAGGGAAUGGCCGGCAGGGAUGUAACUUAGUUGAUAGAGCAUGGCGUUUGCAACGCCAGGGUUGUGGGUUCGAUUCCCACAGGGGGCCAGUAUAAAAAAAUAUGUAUUCACUAACUGUAAGUCGCUCUGGAUAAGAGCGUCUGCUAAAUGACGUUAAUGUAAAUGUAAGAACAGCCUCGGUAUGUAUGGAUCCACUAUUGGGUCAUAUUUUUGUUUAGAAGACCUGCCGCGACUCUCUCACAUCCUCUGCUCCACUGUUGAGAAAAUUCUAAAGGGUUUAAAGGAAUUUGAAUGUUAAAUAUCAGAUCCCCAAACUCUGAGAGGGUGCGUGCUCCGGCUUGUAUCAUCAAGAUUAGCCUACCUUCAUUAGUGAAGAUGUAGGGGGGUUACUUCAAUGAAGCUUUACAUAUGAAUGCAAAUCAUUCUUAAUCUGAAGAAAAUGCAUUUGUUCUUCUUCUAAUCUGCCCUUCAAAAGAUGCCACAAAUAACGGGUGCAUUCGAGACCAGAAGUGACGUGAACAAAUGUGUCUUUGAUUGUGGUGAUGGGAGCAUUUGUGUUUUAAUCACGUUGACGGGGCAGAACAUAAAUAUUUUAUUUCAUAUUAAUGGCAAUGACUAAAUUGAAAAAAUAUUUGGAAGUAACCCUAAAGCCUAUAUUUUAUUGGAACAAAUACAUAGUGAAUAUAGGCCCAGUUAGUUAAUUUGUAUGUGAGAGUAGUUAUUUAGGGAAAGAGGUAGUUGGUAGCACAUCCACAUGGCAGACACUAUCACAGAGGAACAAGCCCCUGUGUUAUCCCUUGAAGACCCCCUAUUGGCUGCUCCAGCAAAACAAUGGGAAAACCUUUACUAUGACUCAUGCUUUAAUCUUUUCUUUGCGUUCUCUUGACAAUUCCCGUUAUUCAUUACCUAAAUAAUGUUAUUCACUGUGUUCCAUAUCCCAAAAUAAAUACUCUCCUUUUCCAAUCCCAUAUCUAGUUGGGAAGCUAGGCAGCAGUUUCAUUUUUUAAGUAGAUGUCAAAGCCGUGUCUUGUCAAUGGCCGGGUAGAAGCAUAAAAUUGGAAUCUUGUAAUUCAAUGGGUAGAAGCAGGGUUGGAAAGGCAGUCGGCUAAAUGUAUAUGGUGGAAGGAAGGGGGGAUUGAUGGAGGAGGUGGGGUGUUCACAGGGACUGAAGGGACAGCCAUUGCUCCUAUUUAACCUUCACCUCAGCUCUCUGGCACAUUGAUUGAUCUGUCCCUCCAUCUUCUACAUUCCCUCCUCUCCACCACCUCCUUCUCCCCUCCUGCUCCACUCUGACAGCAGACAACACAACAGACCAGGCCUGGCCUCCCAGUCAGACAUUGAAGGCAAAAUGUCUCAAAAGUGGAGAUUCAAUCGAUUCUCACCCAAUGUGCUAUUUUAUUUACCUUCCAACAGCAACACCGGCCCCACACUCCACAGGGAAAUAAGAUGAAAGGAGGCUGAAGAAUGAAAGGGAAGGAGACCCAAUAACAAUUCCAAUUUAUAUUUUGGCACGUCUUGUGUGUCUUGACGUGCUCAAAUUCCACUUCCCUGUGCCUUGAAAAAACGUUGGGCCGCUGUAAUUAUUUUUGAGCGGAUCAGAAGGCUUGAUCUGCAUAAUGAGAGCAGUGAAAUGUGA